AUGGGGAUGUUCGCCCGCGCGCGCGUCGACGCGCGCGCGGGUGAGACCUCGGUGACGGAUGACGUGGCGUGGGACGUCGUGAUCGUCGGCGCGGGCGUCGCGGGGGCGUCGUUGGCGCACGGAUUGGGGGUCGAGGGCCGACGCGUGUUGGUGAUCGAGCGCGACAUGUCGACGCCGGAUCGCAUCGUCGGGGAGUUGUUGCAGCCGGGGGGGUACGUGAAGUUGAAGGAACUCGGGUUGGCGUCGUGCGUGGAGGGGAUCGACGCGCAGAAGGUGUACGGGUACACCAUGUUUAAAAAUGGUGAGGUGGCGACGAUGACGUAUCCGCUCGAGGGACGGACGGAUGACGUCGCGGGACGGAGCUUUCAUAACGGGAGAUUCGUGCAAAAGCUUCGAGAGAAGGCGAUGGAGGUGGAGGGGGUGACGAUAAUUCAGGGCACGGUGAAGAAGCUCCUGAAUGACCGCGGAGAGGAGUGGAGCGGAGAGGACGGCCAACGCGUCGCCGGCGUGUCUUACACCGUCGGCGGAGAGACGUGGGAUAAGGAGAAGAAUGCGCUCGUUCGCGAUGCGUCGACGAUGCAAACGCACGCCGUGUACGCUCCGCUCACCGUGGUUUGCGACGGACACUUUAGCAGUCUGCGUACAAAACUGUCGCCGAAAUCCACGCCCAACCAUCCGAGCCACUUCGUCGGCGUCAUCUUGAAGGGGGCGCCGAAUGAUUUGCUUCCGAACGGGCAUCACGGACACGUGGUCCUCGGAGAUCCAUCUCCGGUGCUAUUCUAUCCAAUCUCCAGCACCGAAGUUCGGUGCCUCGUGGACAUUCCGGCUUCGGUGAAGAUGCCGUCGGUGGCCAAGGGCGAGAUGGCCAAGUACGUGCUAGAGAAGAUCGUCCCACAGGUGCCAGAGAAGCUCAGGCCGCACCUCGUCAAGGCGGUGGAGGAAGGUCGAUUCAGAUCGAUGCCGAACAAGACGAUGGCUGCGAAACCCAGCCGAACACCCGGCGCGGUGUUGCUCGGCGACGCGUUCAAUAUGCGCCACCCGCUCACGGGGGGCGGGAUGACUGUGGCGCUCAACGACAUUUCCACCUUUAAGUCCAUGCUGAGCCCGCUGCCAAACUUUUCAGAUUCAAAGGCGACGGCGGCCAAGUUGGAUGAGUUUUACCGCCACCGAACGCGACCGGCGCUCACGAUCAAUACGCUCGCCAACGCGCUGUACGCGGUGUUUUGCUCCGACGGCGACUCCAGCAUGGAUGAGAUGCGUCAGGCGUGCUUCGAGUACCUACGAUUGGGUGGCACCUACGCUAGAGGUCCGAUCGCGCUUCUCAGUGGACUCGAUCCGAAUCCGCUCAAUCUCGUCAUACACUUCUUUAGCGUCGCCCUCUUCGGCAUCGGCAGACUCAUGGUGCCGCUCCCGACGCCCGAGCGCUUGCUUAAGAGCGGGAACAUCCUUACCGGGGCGUGCAAGAUCAUCUUCCCCAUCGUUAAGGGGGAAGGUUUCGCCCGAAUGUUCUUUCCGGCGUGGGUUCGAACGAAGAUGGGUAUCAUUUAG